AAUCAUCUGCUCGGUGUAAAAUGACAUAUUUCUCGACAAAAUGAAACAAGUUACAUUAUUGAUAUUGUUAGUGUUAUUUGCACAUUCAGUGACUUCUAAGGACCUCGUUCUUGGUUCGAGAAUCAACAACUUGUUAGUAUCGACGGAAAAAGUAGUUUAUAAAAGUAUCUAUUUAAUAAAACGGGAGAAGGAUUAUACGUAUACGGACUCAAAACAAAGGAUUAUAAAGGGCAUCAUUGCCCGUGACCUCUCCCGGUCAGAGGCGGAAGUGACGGUCACCGCCGGCGGCGUGGGUUCAACACACGUCACAUUACACUUAAAGAGCGCGAGAGGAGAAGGCCUCAACUAUCUUAUACUGAUAUUUAGUAAUAAUAGUUAAAAAAAUAAAUAAAUAUUAAAACUAUCAAUAUUUAUUUUUGAUAAGCGUUUGAGAUUAUAAAGAAUAUUAAACAUAAUAAAAGACUGGAA